AUGCCGUCGCUGGCCGCGCGCCUGGCUGCGGCCGUGAUGCUGCUGAUGGGACAGGUGCGCCGCGUCAGCCGCACCCCGGAACCCAGCCCGUGGAUCCCCACGCCGCAGCUGGUGGACCAGUAUGGCUAUGUAGUGGAGGAGUAUCACGUGACGACGGAGGACGGGUACGUGCUGACUUUGCACCGUAUGCCGCCGCGAGCCCUCUCCCAACAAAAGGAGGAGGAGGAGUCGCCGAUGUCCUUCUGGCGGCUGUUGGUACCCUGGGACGACGCCCAAACCAAGGGCUCCGCCAACGUCAGCCACCCGCCCGUCAUGGUGCAGCACGGCCUCAUGGGUAGCUCCGCCGACUGGACGCUGCCGGGGCCGAUGAGGGGUCUGCCUUAUAUUCUGGUGGAUGAGGGCUACGACGUGUGGCUAGGCAACACGCGGGGCAACAUCUACUCCAGGAACCACACCACGCUGCACCCGGUGCGUGACAAGCAGAAGUUCUGGAAUUUCAGCUGGCACGAGAUGGGCGUGUACGACCUGCCGACGUGCAUCGAGCACAUCCUGCGGGUGACGGGCCAGAAGCGGCUGUUCUACAUCGGCUACUCGCAGGGCACCACCGCCUUCUUCGUGAUGGGCUCCGAGCGGCCCGACAUGUGCCCCAAGGUGCGGGCCAUGCUCGCCAUGGCGCCCGUCGCCUUCAUGAGCCACGUGCGCAGCCCGCUCAUCCGCAUGGCCGCCAGGUUCGACGGCAUGCUCACUGCGGUGGUGAACCAGCUGGGGAUGCACGAGCUGGUGCCUCACAGCGAGUUCCUGGAGGGCCUCGGCGCCACCAUCUGCCGGUCAAAGGCUGUCUACAAGGACGUCUGCACCAACCUGCUCUUCCUCAUGGCCGGCUACUCCUCCAAGCAUCUCAACUCGACGCUACUGCCGCUCAUUAUGGGCCACACACCAGCAGGAGCUGCCAUGAAGCAGCUGAUGCACUACGGCCAGGAAAUCAACUCUGGUCGGUUCCGGAAGUUCGACUACGGCCAGCGGAAUCCCGAGGUAUACGGCUGCCCCUCUCCUCCCGACUACGUGCUGUCCAGGGUGGAGGUCCCGGUCGCCCUCUUCCACAGCAGGAACGACUGGCUGGCGGCCACGCAGAGGAUAUCAGUCUCUGUGCUGAAACUCGCCCCUGCAAGUGAUGGCACGUGGCGCAUAGGCACCUGCAUCUGCAUUGAAGGAUGGGCAGUUGAACUGCCUGGAUCUUUACCUACUGCCCUACACGACAGGAGUCUUGUUGUUACUGGAAGUGGUCCAGGUGGCAGCCCACAAGCUGGUACCAAGUUCAAGGAGGAGGAUAUGGCACUUUCAGACAGUGACGUGAUGAAGCUAUACGAACAUCUUCCGAUGCGCAUCGGCAUGUUCCCGAUAGAAGACCCCGAGUUCACGCACCUCGACUUCAUGUGGGCCUUGCAGUCACGGGAGCUCGUCUACGACCGCCUCCUCAGAGUCUUGCAACGCUACUGA